UGAGCUGAAAGAUUACUGGCACACGGCGAUCCGUUUUCUAGAUUUCCAUCGAGCGUGGAAAGGAACGUGAGACAGCAAAACAGGAGACAGAGAAAGUGCAUGGUGAGCAAAAGGUGCGGGAGGUGCGGAAGGAAGGAUAUUGAUCGACGGUAGGAGUGCGCGCAUGGGAAAUCCUCUCUCUGUCCCACCCUGCGGCCUGCAUCCACCUAGGUGGCUGACGAUGGAACGUGCAUCGUGUCAGUCGGUACUUUAAGAUCCACACUACGCUACGAUCAUAAACGGUCCGACGAAUAGAACGUUGGGGAAGUCGGUUGGUGCUCUGCGCCAAGGGUGUGUCGUGCUGUGGACACUGUGAGCCCCGAUGAGAAAACGUCGAACUACGCCGGCCCGAACGUUCCGGUCGGCGUAACAGGAAGUAGAAGGGACACGCGACGAAUCCAUUCGUUUAUUAGUGAUUUCAUCAAGUCUUCCCAUACUUACACACGACAAACUCAGAUGUGAACAGUCAAAUAGGCGGACGUUCUGCAUGUAUAUCGUUCAUAGGAGUGUAUAUGUCGUUUAUUGGCAUUGAUUGGGGACAAUAGCACGCAAAACGUCACAAGCACGAUACACAUACACUUUCUUUCUCUCUCUCUCUCAUCUGUUUUUUUUCCCUGUUUUCUUUCAACACGGCCAUCAUUGAUAGUUGUUAACCGUCAUUAAUACUAAUAGAAUAAACAAAGGAAAAAGAAAAAAAAGGAAGAGGAAAAGAGACAGACAGACAGAGAGAGAGAGAGAGAGAGAGAGAGAAGAGAGAGAGCGAGACAGAAGAAACGAAACUAUGGCGAAUUGGGAUUGGGAAGACACCGAUUGGGAUUGGGAAGAUACAGAAGAAUCUUCCUGCGGAGAGGAGCAGAAUCAGAUAGAAUUUAACAAGGAGUGGCUCGGUGGUGUCCUAAAGGAAUUUCACAAAGAACCGGUCACAAUAAGCGAAUGUAACGUAAGUCCCGGCUGUACGAGUAAUGAAAGCGCGCUCAGUGAUAUUAUGCGUCUUAAAAUCAAGUAUAUGUUGAACGACACGAAUACUACGCAAGAUUUGUCCGUAAUCGUGAAAGAGCUUCCAAGAGAUCCGAUAAAUCGUUUCUUUGUUAUCGAAGGCCAAUUCGAUCUUCGGGAAAUUAAAUUUUAUACACAGGUCAUGCCCGACCUGAAAGAAUUUCAAAAGAAACAACUAGCAUCUCAAGAAAAUAAAUCGGAUACCGAAAUUCUUCUGUCAGUUCCAGUAUGCUACUUUGCAGAUUAUACACCAGCUGAUGAAUCAGGCGAUAAACCCACAAAACCAGAAUCAAUUUUGGUAUUACAAGAUCUUCGUGAUUCUGAUUUUCGAAAUAUUAAAUUUCGUGAAGGAAUGACAUACGAUCAAACUAAAAUUGCAUUAGAAGCUAUAGCACGUAUACAUGCACACUCAUUGGCAAUGAAAGUUGUAGAAGGAGAGCCUCUGUCCGAACGUUAUCCAUUUCUCUUCCAAACAGCAAAAGCAACAAAUUCGUAUCAACAAUUGGUUGAACGUGGUUUACCGCAACUUGCCAA